CACCAUUCGGCUUCCGAGCAUGUGCUCUCUGUUUUUGUAAACAAAUACAGCAAAACACAUAUAUAUAUAUUAAUUUGCUAGCUGUCAGCUACCCGAGGAUGUGGCGGUGGGUUUUAUCGGGCUGGAGAGGGCAGUUUAACAUACUGCACAGCAGUGCAUUGUGUACCACCACCAGGAAGGCGUCAAAUGUAGCGGCAAAAUUUGCCGCAAAAGAAGAUCAAAUGAAAACAGAAUAUGAUGCAAUUGUUAUUGGUGCAGGUCACAAUGGAUUGGUUGCGGCAGCUUACCUUCAAAAGUCCGGACUGAAUGUGUGUGUGCUGGAGAAAAGACAUGUGAUUGGUGGUGCAGCAGUCACUGAGGAAAUUAUUCCUGGAUUUAAAUUUUCAAGGGCAUCCUAUGUGCUUAGUUUGUUGAGGCCCCAGAUUAUUCAGGAUUUGGAGCUCAAGAAACAUGGACUUAAAGUGUACCUGAGAGAUCCAAAUUCCUACACUCCUGUGCUUGGGGCAACCAAAGACAGUAGCUGCCGUUCCUUGAUCCUUGGAAGAGAUGCCAGUGCAAAUUACAGACAGAUAGCUCAGUUUUCCAAAAAGGAUGCAGAUGCAUACACCAGAUAUGAGCAUCAACUUAGCUUAAUGGCUGCUGCCAUUGAACCCUUACUAGAUUCCUCACCAGUAGAUGUAAAACGGUUCAUAGAAGGAUCAAUAUCUGACAAGAUGAAAUGCUUGCCUGCUAUCAGAGCUGCUGUACAAGCUGGAAAGAUCUUGGGCAAAGAGAUUCCUUCUUUCUUUGAAAUGCUCACUGCCCCAGCAGCAAAGGUGUUGGAUCGGUGGUUUGACUGUGAUCCACUGAAGGCGACACUGGCCACAGAUGCUGUGAUUGGGGCAUGGCUGUCACCACACACACCAGGAUCUGGUUAUGUUCUCCUCCACCAUGUGAUGGGAGAGCUGGAAGGCAUCAAGGGAGCCUGGGGUUAUGUGGAAGGUGGUAUGGGAGCAGUGUCACAGGCUAUAGCCAAUGCUGCUGUGUCAUAUGGAGCCAGCAUAUUUACUGAGAAGCCUGUAGCCAGAGUUAUGACCAGCAGUUCUGGGGAGACAUCAGGUGUGUGUCUGCAGGAUGGUACAGAGCUUAGAGCACGGAUUGUUCUGUCUAAUGCCACACCCAAGGUGACAUACCUGGAUCUUAUGGAGGAGGAUGCUGUAACUGAAGAUUUUCGCAAAGACAUCUCAUUCAUAGACUACAGAUCACCCGUAACUAAGAUAAAUGUUGCUGUAAACAAACUUCCCAACUUUCUUGCGGAUCCAAACACCAAUGGCACCAGCCCAAUGCCACACCAUCAUGGCACCAUUCAUCUGAACUCUGAACACAUGGAUCUCAUCCACCAGGCUUUUAAGGAUGCAGAGUCUGGGUCAUGGAGUAAAAGACCAGUGUUGGAGAUGACCAUUCCAUCUAGUUUGGACCCCACCAUCUCCCCUCCUGGCAGCCAUGUGGUGCUGCUGUUCACACAGUACACACCUUAUCAUUUGGCAGGAGGUAGAGAAUGGACCCAGCAGGACAAACAGGAUUAUAUGGAUACCGUAUUUGACUGUAUUGAGGAAUAUGCCCCGGGGUUCAGGGACAGUGUGGUAGGGGUGGAUAUCUUGACCCCAAAAGACCUGGAGGACACAUUUGGACUGACAGGAGGGAACAUCUUCCAUGGUGCCAUGAGUCUGAACCAGUUUUAUAUAGGCCGUCCUCUGCCAGCCUGCUGUGGUUCCAGGUCUCCUGUCAAAGGACUUUACCUCUGUGGCAGUGGUGCACAUCCAGGUGGAGGAGUUAUGGGAUCCCCAGGUCGGCUGGCAGCAUUUUCAGCUAUGGAGGAUUUUAAGAAAAAAUAAAAAUGGAUAUAAACUAACAUUACACAGUACAAGAGAAUGGGUAUGGGUACACAGUACAUAAUAUGGGGAUAUGUUGGAUAUAAUAUGGAAUUCUUCAGACAGAUUUUAAAGACAAAAUAGUAGUAUUUUUAUCAAGUAAAUAGAUCAUUUAUGUGAUCUAGUUCUUAAGCAAAUUUAAUUGUGCCAUACACCAGUGCUUAGUACAGAAAAAAGCUUGGCAAAUAAAAUUGUAAAAAGUCUUUUUCAUAAAUUGCAGCAAAAAUCAACACCCAGGAGAGAGUGUGUAAGAUGCAUAGUACCAAGGAUGUCAUAUUACCUAUAUGCCCUUAGUAUAAAUCAACAGUGGCCACUUAGAAUAGGUGCUUGUGGCAUGCUAUGUAUAUUACUUUAUCUCUGUUUAUUAUCAAACUUGCUCCAAAAGGAAAAUGAUUUCCGAUUUUUGUAAUUGGCUAAAUAAACUCUUCUCUUAUAACCUAAAUGGCUUGCAUAUAAAAAAAGCUGUCAUGAUUUUGGAAUGAAUAUCUACAGCACCUUGUAAGUAAAGACUAUCCCAUUUUUUUGGAAUGAGUAAUUUGGUACUACUUUGCGCUCCAUCUUUUCCCACUUUCCCUCUAUUUCAAGCUGCUUCAUAUAUGGCUCCAGGUUUUUAUAUUCCUCUACAUAAUCAAGGUAUUCUUCUCUCAU